AUGUCUCCUGUUGGCCUUUUGCAACCUUUACCCAUUCCUGAACAGAUAUGGGAGGAUAUUGCUAUGGACUUUAUUGAGACUCUUCCUAAGUCGAAGGGAUUUGAUACAAUUAUGGUGGUGGUCGAUCGUCUCUCCAAGUAUGCUCAUUUCAUCCCUCUCAGUCAUCCUUUCUCAGGUCUCACGGUUGCUCAAGCUUUCUUACACAACAUAGUUCAUUUACAUGGCAUCCCCCGAUCAAUUGUGUCUGAUCGUGAUAAAGUCUUUAUGAGUUUCUUUUGGCGCGAGCUUUUCACCUUGCAAGGUUCAGAAUUGCAUCGUAGUUCAGCUUACCAUCCUCAGAUGGUGGUUUAUGGGCGCGAUCCUCCUCCAUUAAUCCGCUAUGAGCUUGGCUUUACGGCUAAUGCUGAUGUUGAAGUUGUUCUCCUUCAUCGUGACGCUAUACUUGGGGAGUUGCGUGCUCAUCUACAUCGUGCACAACAAAAGAUGAAAGACUCGACUGAUGCAAACCAACGUAAUGUGAAUUUUGAUGUUGGGAAUUUGGUAAUUUGCGUUGUCGCUUAUAAAUUUCAACUUCCUCCAAAUGCACGGAUUCACCCAGUUUUUCAUGUCUCGCAACUCAAAAAGGCGAUUGGCAAUCAUAUCUCUUCUCCUGUGAUUCCUUCCACUCUGUCGGAUGAUAUGGAGAUGCUUGUGGAACUUGUGGCCGUUCAAGGGGUGCAUCCAUCCACUAUGCCUGGAGUUACUGGUUCGGAAGUGCUUAUUCAUUGGCCAGACCUACCUGAUUUUGAAGAUUCUUGGGAGCCUUUUGACUUACUUCGAAACCAAUUUCCUCAUUUUAACCUUGAGGACAAGGUUAGACUUUGGGUGGCGGGUAAUGAUAGGCCCCCAAUUAACCUUACGUAUGCCAGGAAGAGGAAAGGUCAACAAUCGGCUAAGGGGGGAAAUAAUUGA